CAAGAAACUUCGUUUGUGGUGACCAUCAAGGCGUUGGAAUUGAAUGAAUUUUUGAAUGAAUAUGAGUCACAAGUCUCGCGGAUUCCGUGAAUAUGGUUAAAAAGGUACCAGCACCACUGAUCAGUGCUGGCAGGGCCACUGUGGCACCACCACCGCGAGUUCUGCCAGUUCUGCAGGAUGACAGCCUCACUGACCUCGAUGACCUGGAAUCUUCUACCAACAAGACCAACAAGCAGUCAAGGCUCACUGUCGCAUUGCGGAUUCGUCCGCUCUCCAAGCAAGAGAAGGACAAGGGACUGACAAAAAUUGCCCAAGCUGUAGACAGCCAGAUGGUGGUUCUACAGGAACCCGAGCCAGAUCGGAAUGACCCACUGCGACAAAAACGACAACAAGAAAAACAGUUCAUGUUCGACAUGGCAUUUGACGAGUUUAUUGACCAGGACGAAAUCUAUAACAAGACGACAAAAGACAUCCUCGACUUCGUUUUGGGUGGUUAUCACGCCACAAUUUUCGCAUACGGGCCAACGGGUGCAGGGAAAACCCACACGAUGGUGGGUUACAAUUCGAACCCCGGGAUCAUGGUUCGGGCUUUAAAUGAUCUUUUUCAACGAAUGCACGAGGCCGCAGAAGAGGACCAAUUUGAUGUUACAAUGUCUUACCUGGAAGUAUACAACGAAAAUAUCAGAGAUUUGCUGCGACCGGGAACAGGGCAUUUGGAUUUGCGAGAAGAUGCAAGAUCCAACGAAAUCAAAGUUGCCGGGCUUCUGGAAGUGAUGAAUAUGUUGCAAAAGGGCAACAAAAACCGCACUGUAGAGGCCACUGCUGCGAAUGCGACCUCGUCUCGAUCCCACGCCCUGCUGCAGGUCAACGUCCAUCGCAGGUCAAAAAUGAAAGAUGUCAAGGGGAAGGUGAAAGCUGGUCGGCUUUUCAUGAUCGACUUGGCCGGAUCCGAACGAGCCUCGCAAACCAAGAAUCGAGGGCAGAGGCUGAACGAGGGAGCACACAUCAACAGAUCGCUGCUGGCAUUGGCAAAUUGCAUCAAUGCCUUGGCGAAAGGUGACGCCAAAUAUGUCAACUUCAGGGACUCAAAAUUGACAAGGCUGCUGAAAGACGCCCUGUCGGGGAAUUGCAAAACCGUCAUGAUCGCGCACAUAGCGCCAUCUGCCGUCCAGCGAGAAGAAUCCUUCAACACACUGGUUUAUGCUGACAGAGCCAAAAAUAUAAGCAACAAGCUGAAGAAGAAUGUGGUUGACGUGAAAUACCAUGUGACUCAGUAUCAGGAAAUCAUCAACGAUCUCAAGGGAGAAAUACAAAGGUUGAAGACAAAAAUAGACGACGAAGGGGACGAAUUGGUUGGAGUCAAAGGUAGCAAAUCUAAUCCCAUCGGAGGACCACAAAAGAAACUCAGUCCCGAAGAAGAAGCCAGACGCAAGGCAGAACAAGAGGCUCUUGCUAGGCUCAAAGCUUUGCAAGAUGACCUGGUUCAAACCUUCAAAAAGCAAAUGGAUCUCAAGCACGAAUUGUUGGACGUGGAAAACAGUAUGUUGGCUCUGGCGAUGGAAUACGAGCGACAAGAACUGGUUGUCAAAGAAUACGAAGCUGAUCAAGCACUUCGAGGCCGAAAACCAAAAAAAUUAUUGGCGAAACUCGACAAACUUCGGGAAAACUGCGGACAGAAUUCCCCUGCCCCGGAUGAUCUCAUGGAUGAACCAGAACCAGAUGAAGAUGAUGAUCCUGAGGACGUGGCUCAAGCCAUGGAUGAGCUCACUUUUAUUAUUCGGGAACAAACCCGUUAUGACGACAUGAAAGCCGACAUUGAAAAACAGCUGGACGAAUGUCGACACAAAGCCAAAGUUUUAGAAGAGGAAUUACCGCAGCAAAUAAACACCCAGGAGCAACGAGAAGUUUACAUGUUGUUGCUGAGGGUUCAUGAAUUGGAAAUUGAAAGAACUGAGCUGCAGAGAGACGCUUUGUUGAGAGAACAUCAGCUGAGAAGAAGGGAUUUGCUGCUGGUGAGACACGAGAUGCAGCGGAAUUUGUGCGACCAAAUCAUCACUCGCCAACGACAAUUGAUCAGCGAUAAUGGAGGUGCUGUGCCAGAGGAUCUGGAAAAACUUUAUGAGGUGUACGUUCAGGAACUCCAAUUACCGAAUCGGGAACAAGAGCGAAGACUCAGCGGAGAACUAAAUCUCUUCAGGUAUGAAGGCUCUGGACCCGCAACAAGGAUGACUUCAUCAAAAUCAAGGGUAUCUUCAGACGGAAAACUGCCAAGUUUACAAAAUCAACAAAACACUCUCUUCAUCAAACGACAAGCGCUGAUGACUGCGAAUCGGCGGCCAAACAGCGACAUGUCCAUCAAAAGCUUUUUGAGUGCUGAUGGCCUUGGUAGAGGAAGCGGAGUGAGUUCCGUGCCGUCAUUGCCACCAAUCAAUGGAUCAGCAGUUGCUGCUGGACGCAGAUUAAUUGAUGACCAGCAAUCAGGACCUAAUUAUGACGCCAUGUGA